AUGGUCCACUACAAGUUGCACUAUUUUUGGUUUAACGGGCUUGGUGAGCCAAUUCGGCAGCUUUUUGCCAUGGCCAAAGUCGACUACGAAGACCACCGCGUUCACAAAGAUAUCGAUUGGCCAGAGCUGAAGAAAAUAUGCCCAUUCGGCCAAGUCCCGGUGCUCGAGGUCGACGGGAAAAUUCUGCCUCAAUCCCGGGCCGUCACCCGCUACUUGGCCCGAAAAUUCGGUUUCGCCGGCCAAACCGAAUGGGAACAAGCCCAAGUCGACGCGUGGGCCGAUCAACUCCUCGAUUUCAUGUUCGAAGUGCGGCCCUUCCUCUUCAAAAAGAUCGGAUUCACGCAAGGGGAUGCUGACGCGGAAUUUGCGAAGGUGGCCGGGCCGGCUAGAGACAAACUGUUUCCGCUUAUCGUCAAACAGUUGAAGGAGAAUGGGACUGGAUACUUGGUAGGAAAUAAAGUAUCCUGGGCAGAUCUCUACCUCAACUACCACGCGGAAACCUUCCGAAACCUAAAGUCCGACUACCUGGCUAAUUACCCGGAGAUCGAGGCUCACCUCAACAAAGUACGAGAGAUCCCCGAGCUGAAGGAGUGGAUCGAGAAGCGGCCGAAGAACCACUUC